UGUGUGCAUUGUUGUAGCAGCUGCGUAUACAUUGCCGUUUAGUUUUGUUUAUAGAACACGUUUCUUUGGAUUAUCUAUGCACAAUGUCGAAGAAGAGAGGUGCGCAACCGGAACUAUAUAAAAGAAAUGUCAUAAAAGCUGCCAGAACGAAGGGAAUUGGUUACGUGAAUCACAGUGGAAGAGAAAUUAAUGCUGUAAAAAUAGGACCUGACUGUGGAUGUAAGAAACUGUGUUUCAAGAGGAUCUCUGAACAUGAACAGAUAGAUAUAUUCACUAAAUUUCACGAUUUUGAGAGUAAGAACACACAAGAUGGUUACCUUGCAGGGCUGAUCGAAAAAGAAGACGUGGUACGCAGAAGACCCCGGAAAAGUGAUGGCCAGCCUAAGCCAAGAGCACUAAAUUAUCGAUAUCACGUGGUAACUGGAGAUGCUGGGCGGGUCGAAGUGUGCAAAAAGGCAUUUUGUAGUCUUUUUGGCAUUACAAAUGAACGUGUGCGACGAAUUUGUCACUGUGUGAAAAAUAAUGUUCGCCCAUGUGACAGUAGAGGACGUACUGCUUCAACCAAUGCAACACCACAGGAAGUCCUACCCAUAAUUGAGGAGCAUAUUAAAACAUUCCCUACGAAAAUCUCACAUUAUUCAAGCAAAUAA